CUUCCAUCUUUGAGGACAUGUAGUUCCAUUGCUUGAGCGGUCACUCGAUUAUCUUGUCAAUAUAAUAGAACAUUUUUGACCACAAUAUGUGAAAACGAUUUGAUUGGUCACACGUCGAGGUGUGACGUUUACAGGGACGGUAUCUGCCAAGGGACAAGCUUCGAGAAUGCGUUUUCUUUCCGCCCUCUUUUCCAUUCUUUUCAUAAAAUACUAGAGUAGGCAACAGCGAACAUGGAGGAAUUGAGCGCCGUAGGAGAACAGGUUUUCGACGCGGAAUGCAUCCUGAACAAACGACUAAGAAAGGGGAAGUUAGAGUUUCUUGUAAAGUGGAGGGGAUGGUCAUCCAAGCACAAUAGCUGGGAGCCCCAAGCGAACAUCCUUGACCCAAGAUUAUUGGCUGCAUUUAACAAGAGUGAACAAGAAAAGGAAAUUCUGAUCUGCAAGAGAGGGAAAAGGCCGAGGGGGAGACCUCGAAAAGUUGUGGAAACUGUGCCUGAAGUGUCAAAGUCAAGCAGCUCUUCGUCAUCGUCAUCUUCGUCUGGCUCAUCAUCGUCAUCUUCUUCCUCUUCCUCCUCAUCGGAUGAUGACGACGAUGAUAACAACGAUAGAAAGGCAAAGCCAGGUCCCAGAACACGGGAGCUCCACCCUGUCCCUCAGAAGAAAGCACAGAUUGUUGUGGCCAAGCCGGAGCCCCCGAGGAAGAAGCGAGGCAGGAAAGCACUGCCUGCAGAAAUGAAGGCCAUUCAACAGAACAAGGGCCAGCGCAAGAUCAUAAAGACAGUUGCCAAAGAAUCCCCUGCAGACCUCCGAGGUGGAAUCAAGAAACCCUUUCACCCAGCCAGCUUCACCUUCAUGGGGUUGAACAGCAGAGGCCCUCUGAGUGUCCAGGGCAGAUGUUCCCUGGCCCAGGGUGGGACUACUAAAAGCUCCAUGAACACUGCAGGCUCUGGCCGGUCAAAUACCUCAGCUUCUCUCUCUUUCAACCAGAGAUGCAACCAGAGCAAGAGUCAAGCUUCUGACUUCAAACUGUCGGUCUCUGAUGUGUACAGUGGAGCAGGUUUGGACUUAAAAACGACUGCAAGCAAAUCUCCUGGAGUAGCAGCGUUGAAUUUGCAUAACUCCAAACUCUCAACCAGCAAUGGCAACCCGCAAGGAGCUUUUCAGCCACAGCUGGGUUCCCACAACGGGCAGAAGAAACCAGAUGCCCCUGGGCAAACACCACUGCAGCAGGUACCCAAUAACAAACCUGCUGCGCCCUUCUCCACUCCUAAAGGCCCUGCCAACCAAGCUGCAAGCCUUCAGGCACUAAACCUGCAGAGUGUGAACAAAUCAACACCGGGCAACGGUACUCCAGGCAAUGGCACCGCACCAGUGUCCAACCUGCGAAGCACCGCCAACCCAGUACGGAAAGACACAGUUGGUCAGUAUGGUCAAGAGAAAAAUCCUGUACAGAGUCCUGCCACGCCUGGUGGACAACAGCCCAGAAAGAGCCAUCCUGGAAUUAAGGUCAAAGCUGAGGAGACCAGUGAAGUGGGUGUCAUGGCCGAGAGGCCUGAGAGGCUGACUACAACAAGGGCCCAAGGGAGGGUUGAGAAGAGCAUUGUCCAGAACCCCUCCGUAGAGGCCAGAGACAUCCUGGGCAAGCGGGAGAGAUCUGCCUCCAAAGACAGUGGCAAGCAGGCCAAAGUCCUCCUGAGUGAGAUGAGCACCGGUGAGGAGAGCACCUCAGACUCUGACCAGGAUUCCCCCUACCCAAGUAACAGUCAGGACUUGUCCAUCUCAGUCCAGACCGGCCAGGACUGGAAGCCCACUCACAGCCUGAUCGAGCAUGUGUUUGUUACUGAUGUCACCGCCAACCUUGUCACUGUCACAGUCAAGGAGUCCCCAACCAGUGUGGGCUUCUUCAACAUACAUAAUUAUUGACUGAAUACCGGUAAUUGAGCUGCCUAGCAAAGGGGCUGAAAAGUAGACAGCAGAGGCCUUAAGUGGGGUAUUGAAUGAAGUAGAUAAGUUAGAGCAGUGUUAAUGCACAUAGGUUUACUGCAGUGAUGCAAAGUUUCCUCUUCUCUACAAUGUAUUCAUCUGAAAUCUGCAGACUUACUCUUUUGCUUUGCUCUGUUAGUAAGACAAUGUACUUUUGAUAUAUUGUACACACGCAACAAAACAAGCUAAUCAACUGGAGGAAAGCUUUGUCUUAAGGGAACUAUUCAGGGCCAGGUGUAAACUAGAUUGGUAGCUUGUUUGAUUACGAAGUAGUAAUGCAACUCUUAGGGAUGUCAUUAUAAUGUAGCUACCUCUAGUUUAAUCCAGCUCUCGUUUUGUAUUCAAAGUUCUUCUGGAAUAGCAAGCUUGGAAGUACUGUUUUUUUUCUCCCUCGAGUAUAAGAUGUCGUGACCAUUACAAUCAAUUUGCCAAUUCACAUUAGUGUAAAGCACCAUAGUCUUAUAUGAAAUGUAAAAUUCCAAUGAAAGGACAAAUAAUAGCAACAUUUCCUUAGGCAACAUUUUCCAAAAUAGAAAAUGUUGUAAUUACUGGAAGAGCUCUGUCUCUCGAAGCUAUAACAUUAACAAAGAAGUUUGCAAGGCAAACCCGGUGUUGCGUUGAGGACCAAGUUCUCAUCAGUUGAAAAUAAGUUUCAUUCCUCAGUGCAGUCAGUCUAUCAGUGAAGUAUUUCACCCAGGCUGGAGUAGGAGGGAAGAAGAUACACUAUCUCUGUUCUCCCCUAGUGCUCAGAUAAGACCGGUUACUGGCCGAGGUUACUCCUCUCCCUUCAGGUCUGUGUUCCCACAACCCCACUAGGGCAUUCACUGGCGGGUGUACUGUCAAAACUGGUGAUUAUUAUGGACGAGCCCAGUGAAUAAUUGCCGGUAUAGAUAUGGCAGGAUGAUGAUGGACAGCACACCUGACGUGACUCCUCCCCUACCUCAGCCAGAGUUCCCUGUGAAGGGCCUCUUUGUGCCUUUAUGAGCGCUGAGGGCAAGCACUCAGGGAUUUCACUACUGUGGGAAGGGUGGAGCCCAAGGAAACCUAACUGCCUGAUAUUGUUUUUCCUUGACCACAAAAAAAAACACCAGAUCGAGUAUUUAGCAGCUGGUGUUCAAAGUGUAGGCUGAUGAAAUGCUAGAUAUUUUCCUUUGUUACAUGCAGUGUGCAUACACACACCACAAUCUCAUUUUACUCGCCUGCAUGGGAUCAGUAGUUAGGCCCUGCUACCCACAGAAGAAAAAUGUGUUUAUCUGAUGUAACUGAAAAGAAACCACAACGUCUACUGUCUUUCUGCUCCCUAGAGAGGAGUUAAGCUACACAGCACUUCAACUGAACUCCCCACUCUAAUCAUACUCUGCAGACCAUGCUUUAAAUGUUUUACUCAAAUGAAUCAACAAAGGCGUUACCCCAAAGAAAGCUAACGUGUCAGGUUUGCAGAGAAGGAUGGUUAUUCUAGUGCAUCUGUUAAUUAUACACAGAGUGGUAAUCAUUGCUCCCUACUUGUUUAAAUCUUGCCACGCAGAUGCACCGUGUUUGAAAGUGCAGUUGUGUCAUGAUGUAACCUAUGUGGUAGUGUAUUGUUUAAACAAACACAAGAGAGAUUUUUUUGUGAGAAUUCUGGAGACACAACAUUUGAGUGUGAUUUGCCUCUCAUACAGAUCAAGUAGCCAGGCAUUGUCCAGACAUGUUUAUUCUUCAACUAGAUUUACAAUACUUACAGAUUUAUGGUCAAAUUGACUAGACUAGAACCAGCAACCACUUAGGUGGUUUUAAGUGCUUGUAUUCAGCUGUUUAUGGUGAUAGUGCCUUAAACACUAUUUGAGGCUAUCUGGACCCUGGAUUUGGAAAAAUGUUCUCUCAAAUAUGUUCAUAUGCAAACAUUACUGACAUGAUUAAUGGGAAGCCUUGAAGGAGGACAAGGCAUUGUGCCUUGAUAGAUGAGAAAUUACCCUCAUCCACAGGGUUUCUUAAAUGUCAAUGACAUUUGACAAUUUAUGGGAGGAUGGGGCACUUACAACUGGAUUGCUUUGAUAAUUGUAUCUCACAUUUGACAUGAGCUGGAGCCAGGCUACAGACUCCUGUAACGGUGGUUUUAUGUUUUCCUCUCUCCAUUUCUCAAAUUGUGACGCGAGGGAGUGAAGGCAUACAAGAAAAGACAAUUGUUGGGCUGUGGUCUUUACACAUUUGUAAUCUUCUUUUGAUAUACUAACCAUUUCAGCUGAAGGCUGUAUUCUUCAAACUAUUUAUUUAAACGAGGUCUUCAGGAUAGGACAAUGUCACCAAUCUUUGUAUUGUGCAUGUUGUCGUGAUAUUAACCUUAAAUAAAUAGUACUUUAAUAA